GCACGUUGACUUGCAUUCACAGCCACACUGCAUGGCACACACCCACAUACAUGCUGUGAGGGCUGGGUGAGGAAGUUGUAGGCCGGUGGGCGGGCUCUCCAUCUGACAGGUGUUAGAACAUGAGUUAAAUGAACAUUCUAUAACAGAACACUUACCGUGUGUACAGACACCGAGCCCAGCACAGGCUGCAUGGCUGACAUAUAGAGAUACCGGGGGACUCAGUGUUUGGUGUCUGAGGAAGUACUCUGUUCAGUAUCUGACAGUGUGAGCAGAGAGCAGUGUUACAGGUGGCUGGGAAUAGUGGGGUUUAAAAAGCUGUCCUGCUGGAAUAGGAACACAUAGCGUUCGUCAUGGAGUCCCUGUCCGAGCUGUCACUGCAGUUCUCCCAGUUAUCCAUGUUUCCAUUAUUUGAUGCGGCUCAUUAUUGGGCCUCAGUGAUGUCAGCCAGAGAGCAGCCAGGAGCUUUGGAUGUUUCAAAGAAGAGUCCUGUGGCAUGCUGGUUCAGUGCAAUGCUUUAUUGCUUUGGUGGGGGGAUCCUAUCUUCCAUAAUGCUCGCUGAACCACCUGUGACUUUCCUCUCAAAUGGCACAAAUAUCUUAAUGGCAUCUAUAACCUGGUACUUGGUUUAUUAUUUCCCAUCUGACCUGUUCUAUAAUUUUUCGUGCAUCCGCCCGAUCCGAGUCAUUGUUGCUGCAUUGAAGGAGGUGACCAGGACUUGGAAGAUAUUAUCAGGGGUCACACAAGCACACAGCCGGUUUCAGGAUGCCUGGCUCGUCAUGAUUACAAUCGGCUGGGCUAAAGCUGCUGGAGGAGGUCUGAUCUCCAAUUUUGAACAACUUGUAAGAGGUGUCUGGAAACCAGAGAGCAAUGAACUUCUCAAGAUGUCCUACCCUGUGAAGGUGAGUUUGGUUGGAGCUGUUCUGUUUACGUUGCAGCAAGCUCAGCAUCUUCCUCUUUCAAGAAACAACCUCAUGUUAUUCUACACCUUGUUUCUGGUCGCUAUAAAGGUCCAAAUGAUGCUGACACAUUCCUCAACUUCUCCAUUCCAACCUAUUGAGGCUGCACUGUGUCGCCUGCUGUUCUCUUGUCAUCAGGCUCAAACUCCAGUAAACGAAAAGGUCACCACCUCUGCAGAUGCCAAAGCAGAGACUUCCAAGAAACCAGUAGAGAAGCUCAGUGCCAAGAUCAGUGAACGUGCGCAAAAAACAGAGGCUAAAAAAAGCGAUUGAGCCAAACAAUACAGUAUAUCCAAAAGUAAAAUAAUUUGUAAUUUGAUGUCAUUCACUUUUAGAGCACACCUGUGACUGUAAUUUCACAUUUAUUGGGAUAAAUUAUAAUAUAUUUAAGGAAAGCAAAUAUAACAUUUUAAUAUAAUUAGAAUAACCAUACAGAGCAUAUUGCUGUGCAUUGUUCGUCUG